GUCAGUUGGUGAAGUCAACAUAUAAAUUAUCGUUCAUUCUACAGUGAAAGUGAUCAUACGGUAAGAAUUUACUCCGUUGCCAGACGUCGAAGACAAAACAACACGUCGACAACUUGCGACGUCACUGUUCCAGUGCAGGUGUCCAAACAUUGUUGUCCCACCACCACUUGCCUCUAGAACACGCCGGCCUCGGCGAGCAUGGUUCCCAUCUCCAGCACCAUGGACUUGCAGUAGACUUUGAAGGUUUGGUACAAGGUGACAAAGUCCUGGGUGCUGAACAUGGUGUCUGCCAGAGCCGGACCCAGAGUGGACGGGAUGAAACCUCGACCGUAUUCCACCAUCCACGUCCCAGCGGUCCACUGGACGGCCGCAGCCUCGCCCAUACCGUGCAUCACGGUGUCACCUGCAGGGCAGAGGAGGAAAAGAGCACCAGCACCUGCGUUACAACCCUCUGAAGGACUGCUGGGUUCUGGUCUCAGCCCACCGCAUGAGGAGACCCUGGGCUGGUCAGCUGGAAAAACCUCCUGAAGAACACGUACCCAGAUAUGAUCCCCGCAAUCCACUCUGUCCUGGAAACACACGUGCUAAUGGGGAGGUGAAUCCAGACUAUAAAAGCACUUUUGUAUUUGAAAAUGACUUCCCCGCCCUCCAGCCAGAUGCUCCAGAUCCUGGUGGUUCAGACCAACAUCCAUUGUUCCAGUCUAAAGCUGCCAGAGGGGUGUGUAAGGUCAUGUGUUUCCAUCCCUGGUCUGAUGUCACACUCCCUCUCAUGAACAAAGAAGAGGUUGUCAAGGUGAUUGACAAGUGGGCAGAGCUUGUGGAAGAACUAGGUGCCACCUACCCCUGGGUUCAGAUAUUUGAAAAUAAAGGAGCCAUGAUGGGUUGUUCCAAUCCACACCCUCAUUGUCAGGUGUGGGCCAGCAACUUCCUACCAAAUGAGCCAGCUUUGUCAGAUCGCUGUCAGAGAGCGUUUUAUGAAAAACACAAAGAGCCGCUGCUGCUGCAAUACGCCAAGCAAGAAGCUGAGAAAAAGGAGCGGUUGGUGGUGAUGAAUGCUGACUGGCUGGCUGUGGUGCCUUAUUGGGCGACGUGGCCCUACCAGUUGCUGCUCUUACCUCGACGACAUGUCCUCAGAAUAAAUGAACUCACCACAGAGGAGAGGGGUAGUCUGGCUGACAUCAUGAAGCAGCUGCUGACCAAGUACGACAAUCUCUUUGAAGUGACCUUUCCCUACUCCAUGGGCUGGCAUGGAGCUCCGACUGGCCCACACUUAGAAGAAGACAACUCCCACUGGCAGCUGCACGCUCACUACUACCCUCCUCUGCUGCGCUCCGCCACCGUCAAGAAGUUCAUGGUGGGCUAUGAGAUGCUCGCCCAGGAGCAGAGAGACCUCACUCCUGAACAGGCAGCAGAGAAGCUCCGGGAUGUGCCAGAUGAGCACCAUCAAGACAGACAAGAACAAAGGGAAGGUACAUAAAGGAACAUUUCUGGUGGGAAAAAGAAAGAGAAAAUCUAGUUUAGACACAAAAUAUUUUCCAUACAGAAUUUAAUUUCAUUUAUUUAGUCCGAAAAUGUUAGUGAUGUUUCGGUCAGAUUCCGAUACCAAUCAUCCCCGAGUGAGAUUGGCCGAUACCAGUGAUAUCAAUCACAUGUACUCACUUUAAACUUGUCAAUGUAUUAUUGUGUUUAAUAAUAUCACUUCCCGCUAACUGCGACUCUGAGCAAACAAACAGAACUGAGCUAAUGCUGCUAUGUCUGGGCACACAUCAUUUACGGUCGCAACAGACACACACACACACACACACACACACACUCUGGUCUCAUGAAACAUUUCAACUGCUUAUGCCAGAUAUUUGAAGUUUUUUCUUUUUUUUUUAUAUAUACGCAAUAAUACUUCUCUUAGUAAUGAAUUAUAUUUAUUAAAGAGGACCAGUAUUUCAAUUAGUAAUUAGAUUACCUUUUGCCAAAGUUACAAAUGACUAUAAUAUAUAACUUUUUAAAAGUAAUAUUUCUAACGAUGAUUGUAGUACAUAUAAGGCAUGAAUGUCAUUUAAUUUAGGCCAAAAAUGUGUCAAAUUGGCUUAAAAUAAAAAAGGGGGGGGGGAAAUGUGAUGAAGUGAAAUUGCUAAAUGUUCAGCAGGAUGUGGCGAAAGAUGACUAACUGGCACGUUGUCAUAAUGGUAAUUGUUUGUAUAUGUUUUAUAUUGUUUUUAUGAAUUGUCUAUAAUCUAAAUCCAAUCAACAGACACUUGUACACAGCACUAUCACAGUCUGAAUCAUGACUGUCACAUUUAUUUCUAUUUUUAUUUGUUUCUGUCAAAAAGUUGCACCAGUAAUUUUGCCAUAAUUUAAACUGAAUGUGACAAUUUGAUGUUUUUGAAACGACCUCCUUUUUCUUCUCUCUAACUGAAAUUGAAAUAAACAUGAUUGGAGUGCUUCCAAACUCUGAGCAAUUACAAGAAGUGUAAUAUUCAACUUAAUAUAUCCAACACUUAUUUUUGCCCUGGGGCCGUACUUAUCAA